UGUAAAUACCUUCCAGUGGCAGGAGGAAAUCUGAGAAACUUCUCUAGUGAAAACUACUUGUUGCUCGAUUAUACUUGGACUGGUGCCAAAGAGACCAUAGACAGUAAGACAGAGUCAAAGAUGGUCACAACCUAUUGCCUGAAGUUCGGAACAUAGACACUGAGGCAACAGAAAAUUCACUGUAAAAAAAAAAAAGAAGCAGAACCGAAAGCUAGUUCUUUCCAUGAAAAAAAUCAAUAUUUAUCCAGUUCUGGAUAAAUCACAAAGGUGGUUUCCUUUUGUUUGAAAAGAACAGACUUGGAUUGGAACCUUGAAUGUCCCCUGGGAAAUCUGAAAUUUAAUGCAACAAUACAGAGAAAGAUUCAAAUGGAUCAUGAUUCCUAAAUCACCCUUUCUCACUGGGGAUGAUAUGCUUCCACGUUUGCAGAAUUUGUUUUUUGGAAUAUGAACAAAUCCUGUCAUUACAAUGAUUUGAGGUACUUCAAAGCUCAACCAGAUAUAACAAAAUUUUACUCCUUAGUAUUUUAUUUCUGUAUUUGGGCUUUCUUAUAUACUAUGCACAAGGGAAGCAUUGAGAUUGAGUUCAAGGAAGAAAAACAAAUGAUGCACACAAACAGUGCUACAACCUAAGGUGAUUUGAUGGUUCACUGGAGAACCUUCUCUCCAUCAGUUGUGUGAUCUCAAAGUCAUAUUGUGAGAGGUGGCCUUCCCAUACUUAUGAGCAACCAUUGGCUGUCUUGUGGAUGUUGCUUGUGUUAGAGUUUCAGUGUGAUUUGGACUCUGGAAAUUAAAUACAAAUAGGAAUUUUUAUUUGUAAGUAAAAUAAAAAAUUACAUUUUAUUAUGUAAUUCUACUAGAGUUGUUCAACAUAUCCAUAAUUGUAGUGAGUGGUAAACAGAAAAAAAUGUUAACAAUAUCCAGAUGAAUAUCUAGCAGGCAGUGAAGUAACCACUGUUUUUUGAUAUGAAGCAAAAUUAAAUGAUAAGUCCCUAAAAUAAAUAUGAAAGAAAUAAGUUUUUCAAUGAUUUUGAGCAGCUUUGAAUGACUUUUAUAUAUACCUAUACCUUGGUAUUAUUAUAAAAUAGUUAUCUAAAUUCUACUUGAAUAUUAAAUUUGAUAAUUCCUACUUAUAUAAGUAAAUAUGUUACAUUAAAAGUCACUCUGAAAACUUUAGUUUUAAAGUUAAAUUAAAAUUCAAUAGCUCUCAGAUUUAAAUUACAGCUGAAAUUUAACUCUGCACUGAAUUCAAAGAGUAAGAUUUGCAAUUUCUUUUUCUAUCUACAGAGUAGAGAUAACUAUAGGUUACAUGAACAGAUACACAAUAUAUUAGUGUUAUCAAAAUUUCAUGGGGUGGGUAGGAAUUAGAAAAAAAAAUAUCUAAAAAGGCUCUAUGGGCAGAAGAAAGAAGGGCAAUAAUGAAAAAAAAAGUAGUUGAGAAAUUCUGCCCUAACCCAUUUGGAGAGUACAAAAGGAAAAGCAAAGAGAAGUGGAAAGUAAGAGGGAACUUUCAUAAAAUGGAAACCAUGGGUUGCUAUUUAAGACACAGGCCAGGGAACCUAGAGAGCAGGUUCACAGAGUCACCCACCGCCCCAGGCCAGCAGCAUCCGCAAGGUCCCCGAUGGCCCCAGCCUGGUCCUUACUCCUGGCCCUGCUGCUGCUCAGCUGCAACGCCAUCUGCUCUCUGGGCUGCCACCUGCCUCACACCCACAGCCUGGCCAACAGGAGGGUCCUGACGCUCCUGCGACACCUGAGGAGGGUCUCCCCUUCCUCCUGCCUGCAGGACAGGAAUGACUUCGCAUUCCCCCAGGAGGCGCUGGGUGGCAGCCAGCUGCAGAAGGCUCAAGCCAUCUCUGUGCUCCACGAGGUGACCCAGCACACCUUCCGGCUCCUCAGCACCGAGGGCUCGGCCGCUGCGUGGGACCAGAGCCUCCUGGACCAGCUCCGCACUGCGCUGCAUCAGCAGCUCACUGACCUGCAAGCCUGUCUGAGGCAGGAGCAGGGGCUGCAAGGGGCUCCCCUGCUCAAGGGGGACUCCAGCCUGGCUCUGAGGAAAUACUUCCACGGAGUCACUCUCUAUCUGCAAGAGAAGGGGCACAGCCCUUGUGCCUGGGAGGUUGUCAGAGCCGAAGUCAUGAGAGCCUUCGCUUCCUCAACACACUUGCAGGAGAGAUUCCGGAGGAAGGACUGACACACACCUGGUUCAACACGGAAAUGAUCCUCACGGACCAACAAGACCACAUGCCUCCUGCGCGGCCACUCAAGGACUCUCAUUUCUGCUGUCAUCCUGCCCUGAAAUGAAUCAUGUUGUCAAAUGUUUUCAAGAAUUUUCAGCUACAUCAUGUUCUAUUCUACAGGCACUAGGCCCUCACAGAUGCCCAAGCUGAUCUAUUUAUCUAUCAUUUAUUUAUUUAUUUACCUAUUUAUAAAGAUAUAAAUAACUUUUGUUCAUAUAAUAAUAUGUGAAUCUUUACACAGAGGUUUCAGAGAAAAAAUACAUUCUUUGUGUUUAGUCAACUUAUUAUUUUCUUUGUUCAUUAAACUUUCUGAGUAUAGAAAACUUCUAUUUUUUAUUAUUUUUUUAAAAAUUACAUUGAGGCAUAUAUAUAUAGGGGGUUCCCCG